AUGUUACCCAUACGUUCUUUGGAGAAAAUCGUGCUCAUCACUGCGCUGUGGGGUCUUUGCAGUUUGUUCUAUCUGGAGGGAGCACCACUCAGCAAGAGGUCAAUCAGUGAAGUUCAGCUCAUGCACAACGUUCGGGAGCACAAGGAGAUGUUAGAAAGGCAGGACUGGCUUCAGCUGAAGCUGAACAAUAUCCUCAUACCCUCAUUAAAUGACUCCCAAAAGGAGCAAAAAGGGAAAAACAACGGGCCAUCUAUCAGACGUUUAAGAAAGGGGGAAGGUGCGACCUGGAUCUUGAACUGACGACUGAUGUUUUUGAAAAGCUAAUGAACUCUAAAUAAUGUUUUCUCAGUAACAUCAGUGCAGGAGGAGGACACAGUGAGUGUCAAUUAAAAUAUACUGCUGUACAUGGAGAAAGAAAGUGCACUGCUUUACUUAUGUCUUUUUUAUUUUUUUAUUUUCAAAUAGUAUUUUUAUUUAUUUAUUUGUAAAUAUUUGUUAUUUAGAUAUUAAAGCAUAAUGUUCAGACCCUGUGUAGGACAUACAAAGGACAAUGUCUUAACCUUGUAGUAGGCCUAUGCCUUCAGUCAGUGUUUUUGUUUCUGUGUAGUGCAGUACUUACUCUUUAAAUGUUUUUUUUUUUUUUUUUUUUUCAAGAAAGAUUUGUACUUUUUUAGACAUCCAGCAAUUGCACUAAAAUGUGGACCAACUGGAUCUGUUUAACUGUACACCAUAUUACAUACACAACAAACUAAGACUUGAUUUGUGUUGAUCUUUCUUUCUUUCU